UGCAGUGAGUUCGGAGCUGAAUCUUAACUGAAGCCUCAGCAUGUCCAUACUGCUGAUGGUGGGUGUGGUGAUGUGGGGGGCCCAAGGGGGGAUCGGGGUCCAUGGGGCCAUGUGUCCCGGGGGGGUCCUUGGUAACUGCCCCACCCAGCAGAGCAAUACCUCCGGUGGGGGUGAGACCUCCAGGGACUACUGCUACACCGCCCGUAUCCGAUCCACCGUGCUCCAGGGCCUGCCCUUCGGAGGGGUGCCCACCGUCCUCGCACUCGACUUCAUGUGCUUCCUGGUACUCCUGUUUGUGUUCUCCAUCUUGAGGAAGGUAGCGUGGGACUACGGCCGCUUGGCGCUGGUCACUGAUGCAGACAGACGGAGUCAGCGAUACAGCCGUCUGGACGAACAGGAAUAUGUGGCGUCUGCCAUAACGUCAGAGCUUCCCCGAUCGCUACGAACGCUGACCUCUGUCUCCAGCUCAGUGGACUUUGAGCAGAGAGACAACGGCUUCUGCUCCUGGUUAACAGCCAUCUUCCGCAUAAAGGAUGAGGAGAUCAGGGAGAAGUGUGGGGAGGAUGCUGUGCACUACCUCUCCUUCCAGAGGCACAUCAUUGGUCUGCUGGUGGUGGUGGGCGUGCUCUCAGUGGCCAUCGUCCUGCCCGUCAACUUCUCAGGAAACCUAUUGGAAAAUGAUGCCUACAGUUUUGGACGCACCACUUUAGCCAAUCUGGAUGCCAAUAACAUGUUGCUGUGGCUCCACACCACCUUUGCGUUCCUCUACCUGUUGCUGACCGUGUACAGCAUGAGACGGCACACCUCCAAGAUGCACUACAGAGAGGACGAUCUGGUGAAGCGCACUUUAUUUGUCAACGGGAUCUCCAAGUAUGCAGAGGAGAAGCACAUCAAGCAACACUUUGAACAGGCCUAUGAAAACUGCUGUGUUCUCGAGGCUCGUAUCUGCUACGAUGUGGCGAAGCUGAUGUCGCUCAACUCAGAAAGGAAGAAGACCGCGCGUAGCAAGAAGUUCUUUACAGACCUACAGUCCAAGGAGCACAUCCCCACCAUGAUCAACCCCAAACCCUGUGGUCAUCUCUGCUGUUGCAUCAUCAAGGGCUGUGAGCAGGAGGAGGCAGUUAGUUAUUACACCAAGCUGGAGUCCAAGCUGAAGGAGGAGUACAGGAAGGAGAAAGAGAAGGUCAACAGUAAACCACUGGGAAUGGCCUUCGUUACCUUCCAGAACGAAGCCAUGACCGCUAUUAUCCUGAAGGACUACAAUGCGUGUAAGUGUCAGGGCUGCCACUGUCGGAGGGAACCCAGGUCUUCUUCCUUCAGCCAGCACCUUCACACCUAUUCCUGGACGGUCGGCUACGCACCAGAUCCACAGAACGUCUACUGGGAGCAUCUGUCAGUAGGAGGGUUCCCCUGGUGGCUGAGAUGCUUCAUCAUCAACUGUAUCCUCUUCCUCCUCCUCUUCUUCCUCACAACCCCCGCCAUCAUCAUCUCCACCAUGGACAAGUUCAAUGUCACCAAGCCUGUCGAGUACCUCAACAACCCCAUCGUGACUCAGUUCUUCCCCACCCUGCUGCUGUGGGCCUUCUCCGCCCUGCUACCGACCAUCGUGUACUACUCUGCCUUCUUCGAGGCCCACUGGACACGGUCUGGAGAGAACAGGACCACCAUGCAUAAAUGUUACACCUUCCUCAUCUUCAUGGUCUUACUGCUGCCCUCUCUAGGACUCAGCAGUCUGGACGUUUUCUUCCGAUGGCUGUUUGACAAGCGUUUCCUGGCUGACGCUGCCGUGAGGUUUGAGUGUGUGUUCCUGCCUGACAACGGGGCGUUCUUUGUGAACUAUGUCAUCGCGUCGGCGUUCAUCGGUAACGCCAUGGAUCUGCUGAGGAUCCCUGGUCUGCUCAUGUAUAUGACCCGGCUGUGUCUGGCUCGCUCUGCUGCCGAGAGACGCAACGUCAAGAGGCACCAGGCGUAUGAGUUCCAGUUCGGGGCGGCCUAUGCCUGGAUGAUGUGUGUCUUCACUGUGGUCAUGACAUACAGCAUCACCUGUCCAAUCAUCGUCCCCUUCGGUCUGAUGUACAUGCUGUUGAAGCACCUGGCAGAUCGCUACAACAUGUACUAUGCCUACCUUCCCUCCAAGCUGGACAAGAAGAUCCACUCUGGGGCCGUCAACCAGGUGGUGGCAGCACCUAUCCUCUGUCUCUUCUGGCUCCUGUUCUUCUCCACUCUCCGCACAGGUUUCUCAGCCCCUACCUCUAUGUUUACCUUCAGCGUCCUGAUCAUCACCAUCAUCGUCUGCUUGUCCCAUGUCUGCUUUGGACACUUCAAAUAUCUCAGCGCUCACAACUACAAGAUUGACGUGGAGAAUGUGGAUGGGGUGGAGAACGGUCAUCCAGCACGAACCUCUCCCUCCAAUAAGUCAGCACAGAUGUACAUUGCCUCUGUGCUCCAGGAUCCCAGCUUAGACGAGCUGGGUUCGGCUGGCAGCGGGGUCAGCGAGGGCUCGCAGGACGAGGAGAUCAUCCAAGGGGAACAGCCUCAAUGAGGCCGACUUCCAGAGUGGUGAGGACAGUCUUCUCGCUAACGAGGUGCGGCACUGACGUGAGGGGAUGCCGGAGACCGAGGACGGGGAGAGAGAAGAAGAGACUAAGGUGUAAUGUGACUGACGUGAUGGAUGCGCUGGUCUAGUGAAUGAAGCUAUGGAGCUGAAACGGACUGACAGACGGCUCUAGAAGACAUGGAGAGAGACCACUAAACCUUAAACACCUUGAGUCAAGAGAGAGGGACUAUUUCUCUGUCUACACUAACGAACAAAGCAACACAAAUACCUUUCUCAUGCCUUUCACUCCUCUUCAGCUUAGGCCAUGGACCACAGUUCUCCAGCACAUCUUUUCCCCCCCAGAGAGACUACACUAACACCAACAUGCAAAGACGAGAGAGAGAGAGCGGUGGACUAGUCUACAUUAACUAACAAAGGAAGACUACUUACUAAAGACCUCUAUCAACAACUGCUUCUCUAGGAUUCUCUUGCUAGGAUGCUACUCUGACACUCAGACUCUACUGUAGGACUCUACCCCGGCGCUAGGACUCUACUGUAGGACUCUAGUCUGGCGCUAGGACUCUACUGUAGGACUCUAGUCUGGCGCUAGGACUCUACUGCAGGACUCUACCCUGGCGCUAGGACUCUACUGUAGGACUCUACCCUGGCGCUAGGACUCUACUGUAGGACUCUAGUCUGGCGCUAGGACUCUACUGCAGGACUCUACUCUGGCGCUACGACUUUACUGUAGGACUCUACCCUGACGCUAGGACUCUACUGUAGGACUCUACCCUGGCGCUACAACUCUACUGUAGGACUCUACCCUGGCGCUAGGACUCUACUGUAAAACUCUGGCGCUAGGACUUUACUGUAGGACUCUACCCUGGCGCUAGACUCUACUGUAGGACUCUACCCUGGCGUUAGGACUCUACUGCAAAACUCUGGCGCUAGGACUCUACUGUAGGACUCUACCCUGGCGCUAGGACUCUACUGUAGGACUCUACCCUGGCGCUAGGACUCUAGUCUGGCGCUAGGACUCUACUGUAGGACUCUAGUCUGACGCUAGGACUACUGUAGGACUCUAGUCUGGCGCUAGGACUCUAC